AUGAAAGUAACGCAACGUGCUGGUGCGGCAACAUUGCUGCUGCUGGUUCUAAUGGUGCUGCAAAUCAUACCGCCCAGCUCUGCUCAUGGCUGGGGCUCGGAAGACAUGGAACUUUUCGAUCUCGUGGAGGAGGUGAAUGAAAAUUUCUACACACUCUUGAACAUCAAUCAAACUGCGACUCUGGCCGAAAUUAAGCGUGCGUUCCGAACACUUUCGGUGGUACUCCACCCGGACAAAAAUGAUGCGGAGGACGCAAACAUUCGGUUUCGCAAUCUAGUUUCGGUCUACGAGAUUUUAAAGGACCCGGGAAAGCGCGAAAAAUAUGAUAAAGUGCUGAAGGAAGGUAUGCCAAACUGGAAAUCUGCACUUUACUACUACCGCCACGUGCGGAAGAUGGGAAUGGUCGAGAGUGCCACCAUUCUGUUUGUUGUUAUCACCGUGAUGCAGUAUUUUGUAGCCUGGGCGGCGUAUAUUGAGAAAAAAUAUACAGCGGAACAAAUUGUGGGCAGUAAGCUUAAGAAGCUAAACAAGAAGAAACAGACAAACGUACAAUUGGAAGAGCUAAUAAAUGAGAUACCUCUGCCCAGCAUUAAGAACACAUUGCCCUGCCAGAUUCCCAUGUGGGUUUGGAACACAGUAACCGGUACACCGGCAGCCAUCCGAUUGAUGUUCGAGCUUUAUUCGCAGCAGAAGAAACAGAAAGAGGAGGAACUUCAGCGGGAGAAGGAAGAGAUCGAACUGCAAGCAAACCUCGAAGAGCAACGGGCAAGGGAAAAAGAAAAUCGCAUCCUGCGUAAACGAUCGAAAAAAAUGUUAGUUCCGGAGAAAACGGAUGAAGAGUUGGCCGCGUACAGUCAGCGCAUUCUGAAACCUGCACGCGAUGGCGAUGCGGACAAGAGUACACACACUCCUUUACCACAAUCUGGUGGCCUCUGGACGGAGGACGACCUGACGGAGCUGGUUCGACUGGUGAAGAAAUAUCCAGGCGGUACCAGUAACCGCUGGGAAAUAAUAGCGGAUAUGAUGCAACGAAGUGUAGAAGAAAUCACCUACAUGGCCGCAAAGAUGAAGGAAUGUGGGUAUCGGCUGCCGCACCAGUCGGAGGGCACAAAUUCGUCCGAAUCCGGGCAAGCAUCUUCGUUUGGUGUGACCGGUCCGGUCAAGGUGAAAACGAAAACGCGUGACGCCGGUACGAACGAAACAGCGACCAGCAACUGGACACAGCAGCAGCAGCAAGCACUCGAGGUUGCUAUUCAAAAAUAUCCGAAAUCGGCGAAUUAUGACCGGUGGCAGAAGAUUGCUAAUAGUGUACCGGGCAAAUCGAAGGAGGAGUGCGUAGCGCGUUAUAAAUAUCUAGUGGAGCUGGUGAAGAAGCAAAAGAGUGCCAAUCCAACUGAUGACACGUCGCAGGACGUGAAAACUUCGGACGACCCCGCUCCGAAGGAAGAUUUAAAAUCGACAAAUGAAGGUAACAUCGCCCCGUCGGCAGGUGAAGAAAUGGUGGAGGACGAUAAUGUUGCACCGGUAGUUGGUGGAAAGAGCCAGGCUAAGAGUAAACGACGGGAGCGUAAGAAAGCGAAAGCUUAUUACAGUUACUCGGAUGAUUCGGAUAUGUCCUACGAAGCUGAAGAAAUAUAA